ACUGUCUCUGAAAGGGAUUUCCUAUGACCUGGUGCCAGUGAACCUCCUGAAGGACGGGGGGCAGCAGUUGCUUUCAGCCAGUAUUCCCUGGCAUGCAAGACAGAGGGAAGAGAUGACUGCAGGAGACUAAAGGUUGUUUCUUCAAACACGUGACUGGAUUUCAUAAGGCUGAAGAUCUUUUGCUCCUGCUUAGCAUGAUACAACUGAACAUAUCUGGCACACAGAUUUCAGAGAAGCUGCACUGCAAUUUAAACGCAGACUCGACCUCAUUCAGUUAGCACCAGAAAGCGUGUGUGUCCAAAAGAUGCUAAAUGAUGUAACAAGGGGCCACAAAGGGCUUGCAAAACAAAGGAGUGGGAUGCCAGAAGAGAUCUUCACUGAGAACUUACUCAUAGCAGGGAGUUGUGCACCCAGUAGUACCAUCAUCUAGAUGUGCCAAUAUGGGCUAAAACAGAGUUGGAGAGCUAUAACAGUAACAGUGACACUCCUGCAGCACCACCCAUCCUGGGCUUUGUAUUGGUGGUUUGUCAAGAGUUUUCUGCAGAAUUCAAGGCAGUGAAUCCAAUGCAGCAAGUCCCAGCUUUGAAAAUUGAUGGCAUCACCCUCUCUCAGUCGCUAGCUAUAAUUCAUUACCUAGAAGACACUCAUCCUAACCCCAGGCUCCUGCCCCAAGAUCUGAAGAAAAGAGCCCAAGUCAGAAUGAUUGCUGAUCACAUUGUCUCUGGCAUUCAGCCACUCCAGAACCUGAGCAUCCUGAAACAAAUGGGGGAGAAAAAAAUGGAAUGGGCUCAGAACUGCAUUGCAUCUGGCUUUCAAGCACUGGAGCAGCUUCUGCACCACACUGCUGGGCGCUACUGUGUGGGGGAUGAAGUUUCCAUGGCUGAUCUGUGCUUGGUGCCUCAAGUUUUCAAUGCUGAAAGAUUCAAAGUGGACAUGGGUCCAUAUCCCACAAUAACCAGAAUAAACAAAGCUCUUCUGGAGUUAGAGGCAUUCAAAGUAAGCCACCCAUCCCGGCAGCCAGAUACUCCUGCAGAGCUGCAAGUCUGAAGCCCUUCUACUCACUAAACCAAGUAAGCUGGAGCGUCAAAGAGGACAACAGUUACAGCUUCAGUAGGACUUCAGUGCCAGUCCAAAGCCCUAGUAUUAUGGUCUCAAUUUCAUCUGUGUGGGAGGAAAGAGAACCUGGAAGUAGCCUGGAUGACUUAUAGGACCUAUGCCUCUGCUGGAAAGCUUGCAGCUACUUCUGACUAUGUUUUUUGUAUCUGAUUUAUCUCUCUGGAGCAGAUUAAAGCAGAAACAUCCAUAA